AAAGACACCGCGGAGCUUCGCGGACGCGCGCGCGCCCUUUCGUAUGUGUGUGUGCUGUGUGCACGCGCGUGCGUGCGUGCGUACGUGUGGUGCGUGCGAAACAGGCUAUAAGGGAAGAGAAAGAGAAGAAGAAGGGGAAGAAAAGAAAAGGGAAAGGAUUAGUAAAGGGAAUAGAAAUAAUUGGACAGUGCGCAGAUAACGUGUAAUUUUUUUUCUUUCUAAGACAAUAGAGAAAUAAAAGUAUCUUUUCCGCGUUUGAGAAAAAUCUUGUAGAAAUGAUAGAGAUUAAACAGAGAAGGUUCUAAUUUGCGAAGAAUAACUAAAUAUCGUUGAUUAGAAAGGAGAACAAAAAGGUGCGACGUUUAUCGUGGCUUUUGGGUUGAGACAGAAAGAAAUAGAAGAAAGAAAAAGAAGGAGAGGGAAAAAGAGGGUCAGAGUCAGCGAUCUCUUUUGAUUGUUUGCCAGGAACUCUUCCGAGUGACAUAACGCGCGAGCAUUCGCGAAGGAAUUUCACGUUUGAGCUCGAAUCUCCUUCAACGAGCUCUUUGUAAACGAAAACGAAAACGAAAGAGAGAUAGAGUUUUAGCUACACCUAUCUCUUGUCUGCAGUUGUCCAAUGAACAACCACUAUACCACGACCGAACAACUACAUGCGUCGCGUAACCGCGUGGAAUUGGCUACUAAGUUCGCGCGAGUGAAUCGUGGCUGAGGAUUGGUCACUCGUUAAUCGUUGUCAUUGUCAUCGGUGCGCUUUCUCUUUUCUCCAAUUAUUAAUUAUUUUUGACGCGAUCAUAAUACAUAUAUAAUUACGUAUGAAAUAAGGAAGAGAAUUUCUUCGUUGAUUUAGUUAUCGAAACGAUCAAUUUCGUAGAAAUCAAGAAGAUCGACAGGUUUUUUCUACCAAAGUACGGGUGGACUUAGAAAAAUCGAAGACGGACAUGCGAAGACGAGAACAAUGAUGACGAUUACUGCUCGUCGAUGCUGAAAUAGCUAUGAAGUAUUGAAGAGUCUUGUACUCGAGCUAGCGGAUGAAGAGAGUCGCCAGUUAAGAUGAGAGUUCGUAAAAGUUGAAGGAGAGAAAGGAAAAAAUCUACACAACGAACAGCAACAACCUGCCUCGUCCAUUGCGACCAGCCACAUAUCUCACGUUAAGAUGACAUAGAAUGGGUUGGGUGGUGCUAGGGCGGUGUGCGGGUGGUGGUGGCCGCCUCUCGUCCAUCCUCUCGCUGUCUCUCACCUCCCUUGCAAGUUCCCUCAUCUUUACCAUCCUCUGUAUCCUCACACUUGCUCUAACUCUUGCCAGUCUCGUUCGUGCCGAAAACAACAUCUUCGAGGAGGGCAAAUCGGACAAGGAGAUUCUGGACGAUCUGCUGCAGACGGCUCGUUACGACAAGCGGCUUCUGCCCCCGGUCCAAGGGCUGUUGGGUGUUACAGAUGCGGAUUUCUGCUGCGGAAUGCAAUGGCCUGGUGACACCACCGGCCUGGCAAACCGGUCGUCGACCUUCUCUAACGACCCCAAGAACCAGAACAAGAACCAGAACAAUAUCCACUACACGCCGCACCAACACCUUCGCACUCACCUUCGCGGAACCUUGACCGUCAACGUGAGCGUGUUGCUGCUGAGUCUGGCCUCACCCGACGAAUCCAGUCUGAAAUACGAAGUGGAGUUCCUGUUGCAGCAACAGUGGUUCGAUCCGCGGUUGCGUUAUAGCAACAGAUCGCGAUACGAAUUCCUUAAUGCGAUACACCAUUACGACAAAAUCUGGCUACCGGAUACGUAUUUUAUAAUGCACGGCGAUUUUAAAGAUCCCCUUAUACCGGUUCACUUCGCUCUGCGAAUAUACCGCAAUGGCACCGUCAACUAUCUUAUGCGGCGUCAUCUAAUCCUAUCCUGCCAGGGUAGACUCAAUAUCUUCCCAUUCGACGACCCACUGUGUUCAUUCGCUAUCGAGAGCAUAUCGUACGAGCAGACAGCGAUCACGUACGUUUGGAAGAACGACGAGGGUACGUUACGAAAAAGUCCGAGCCUGACAUCAUUGAACGCUUACCUCAUUAAGAACCAGACAAUCACGUGUCCGAUUAAAGUAAGCUGGCGAGCUGAAGGACAAUUCAUCGACUACGAGGACGAGUUCGAUGAGUUCGGGGACUCUAAGUGUUCGCUGUGCCAGCGCAGGUUUGAGGAGCAAGGUAACUACAGCUGCCUGAAGGUUGAUCUAAUCUUUACUCGGGAUCGUGCCUUCUACUUCACGACGGUCUUCAUCCCGGGUAUCAUUUUGGUAACCAGUUCGUUCAUCACGUUUUGGCUCGAAUGGAAUGCUGUACCGGCACGCGUGAUGAUCGGCGUGACGACGAUGUUGAAUUUUUUCACAACGUCUAACGGCUUCCGAGGAACUCUGCCGGUGGUUUCAAAUCUGACCGCCAUGAACGUUUGGGAUGGCGUUUGUAUGUGUUUCAUCUAUGCGAGCCUUCUCGAGUUUGUCUGUGUAAAUUACGUCGGCCGCAAACGACCGAUGCACAACGUUGUCUAUCGUCCUGGCGAAAAUCCCGUCACCCAGCGGCUUCCAGCGGUGCUCAGCAGGAUAGGGAUUAUAUUGGCCAGCCCUUUGAAGCGAGAGGGUGGACCUCCAACUGGUGGUGGAACGGGACCGAACGAGAUCGUUACUUGUACCAACUGUGGCCCAAAUCCAUGCACGCACACAGCCACCAAUGGUUGCACAGCUGAGAUACGAAAAAAAGAACCACCGCAUCCAAUCAGAGUGGCGAAAACGAUCGACGUGAUAGCGAGGAUCACCUUUCCGGUCGCCUACUUCAUGUUCCUUACAUUCUUCUUCAUCCAUUACAAAGGCAGCUCAUAGAAUAAACGAUGAAAAAUGGACGAUUGAUUGAUCUUGGACUAUGAAAAGAUCUAAAUGAUCUAUAAGAGUUCUUCGUUCGUGAAAUAUUAUGGCAAAGACGAAGAUAACGAUGAUUACGAUUACGAUUACGAUUACGAUGAUGACAAAAACGGCAAUAUUUGUCGCGUGUGUUAGCAUCUCUCUCUCUCUCUCUCUCUCUCUUUCUCUCUCUUUCUCUCUCUCUCUCUUUCUCUCUCUCUUUCUCUCUCUUUCUCUCUCUCUUUCUCUCUCUCUCUCUCUCUCUCAGGAGGAUGCCUUUCAAUGAUUGACCAAGCGUGUCUCGUAAAAUAUGUGUCCGGCCAAAUUAUCAGUCGAGAGUAGAAACGAAAAGGAAAAAUAUAAACAAUGCAUAAGAUUA